AUUUCUUCUGGAAUGCAACGCUAGAAAACAGGACGAGCUCUAGAACCCUAAAUAUCCGGAAGAGAAAGCACAAAUCCCGUUCAACAAGAUGCAAAGUUCCCAGGAGUCGACAUCUCCAUGUUUGGAGGAUUGCUUGAAUCUCUUGAGGGGCGAACGUGAUGAACAGAAACUUGCGGGCCUUCUCCUCGCCACCAGGCUCUCCAAGGGAGACGAUCACGCCGCAAUCCUUUCAAUCUACAAAGCUGUCGGGGCUCGUUUCCUGCAUCGCCUGUUGAUCACGGGAGCAGGCAGUCUCAAAGGAGGAGCCGAUAAGGAUGCAUACCUGAAGCUGUCUGUUACGCUUCUGGCAGGAUUUUGUCGCGUACCUGAGAUUGCUUCUUCUCAGGAAAUGAUCUCCGAGGUUCCUAUUAUUGCUGAAAUUAUAUCAAAUUCGUCAGAUCCUUCUAUUUUUGAGGAAUGCUAUGAGUUCCUUCUGCUGGUUGCUUCAGCUUCUGAGAAUGCGAUAACACAAAUUAUCGAGUCUGGUUCAAUUCAGCCUUUGGCUCGGCACAUCUCUUUCUUGCCCAAUGAUUCUCGGUCACUGGAACAUUCCGUGAGGCUUCUGGAGCUUAUUUUGGAUAAGAUGCCUACUGAAAGUAUGGAUAAAAGAUAUCUUGUAGGGAUGCCAUGGAUGGUGGCUUCUCUUUCUAGACAAUUUGCUGUGCUGCACAAUGCCCUGAAAUUUGAUGUGAUGCACAUGCUCACAACACUUCUGUGCUCGCGAAAUGUUUUAUUUCAUGAAGCUUUAAGAGAAUUAUCUAGAGAAAAUUGGGCUGCUUAUAUCCGCAUUGGUAUCAUGGAAAUCCUGCAAAAUCGCAUUGUUUCUUAUGAGAAACUUCAAGCUCUUCAGCUUUUGGACUCGAUCAUGCAUAUAAUUGGUGAGGGUUGGCUUCUUGAAGAAAAAAUAAUGCUUGAUGUCCAAGAAACUCUGCCAGUUGACAAGUUUCUGCUGCUUGUGCUCGAGCGUGCAAGAGUGGAGGUUUCUGUUAUUCUCAAUGAACUAGCAUACCUGAAAUAUGAAGCUUCUAAAAGUUCUACUUCUGAAUCAGUGCUAUCAAAGCAACAAAACCUUGCUGUAUUAUAUUCGCUGAUAGAGAAGAUUAUCAAAUUGAUCUCAAGUUCUGCUGAAACAGAGGGGACCAGUACAAGUGAAGCCAUUGUGAUGCAGAUCAUUUCAGGACUAAAUGAGACGGUUGAUUUAGUUCUUGAUUAUCUUCAAGAUGCAAAGGAUCAUUGCUAUAGGAAAGGGAAUGACCUUUUGGCUGCUGUAAGAAUUGUUGGAAGUUAUCUUGCUGAGGCACCCUUUGCAUGCAAGGAGAAGACGCAAGACCUUCUGCAGUAUUUACUUUCUGUGGAAGGUGAAGAUGAACCAAGUCCUUUCUAUUCUGUAUGCUUCCUGCUUCCAAUGCUGUGCCAAACAACUAUGGAGACUGAUGGAUGCAAGGCGCUGGCUUCAUUUGGAGGGCAUAAAACUGUCGUGGAAUGCCUUGUAAAAUUGCUUGGAAGAAAUGGAGAUUUCGUUGAGGAUAUUGGCACUAUAUACUUGGCGUGCGAUAUCAUUUUGAACCUGCUAUUAAGAAGAAAAGAACUUGGAAGUCAAAUAGACGGAUUUCAAUUUCUCAUACUUUUGCAAGGUCUAUGUUCCUGGGCAGAGAAAAGCAACGAUCCAUCUGCUAUUAUGAUGACUUCAAGCGUUUGUGCCCUGGUUUUUGACUUAACAUCAGAGAAGAAUCUCUUAAAUCAUCCUGAAUUUAGCCAUAGUACCCUCGAACGAUUGUCUCGGCUCAUUAUCAGAAGUUUGGGCCAGGGGCUGCUGAAGGAUGAGUCCAAUGCCCACCACGACCUCCUUCAAAUUAUUCGCUCAGGUUUGUGGAUCUUUCUCUUCUGUAUUCCCUGUAAUUCUCCUCUUAUCUUCCAUUUGCCAGGAAAAAUUGCGACUUUCCUUUUCGUCCAGUCAAAUUCUCCAGCACCUCCGCGCAGGGAAGGAAAGGACCGAACUCCUUUCCGCAAAAGGCUCCUCGGCUGGAAAUCUUCUUCGCAAGCAGCGUCGAAACCUCCGCGGUUCUCUCCCGGCGUUCCUCUGCGUCUCGCAAACAGUGCGUCCCGCGAACAGUGCUGCUCCUCGCGUGCCUCGAUCCUUCCUGGUCCGCACUCACUCCAAGAUCGCGUGCGAUUCACGAACAGAAACUCGGCAAUUCCUUCUCCCUGGUCCGCCUGCCUCCCACGAUUCCUUCGUGAUUCUUUCUCCCGAGCCGCGUCCUCCUAA